AUGCGCUUGACAUCACUCCUGGCCUUGGGGGCAUUAGCCGUCAGCGUUACGGCACAAGAUGGCCGUGUAGUGUAUGCCAGGCAGAACGAGUCCUCUCCUGAGGCGUCUGUACAAUACUCAGUCGCUCCUGAGCCAUCGCCUCCGCCUUCUUCCCUGCCUAAGCCUGAGGUGGAGUCUUCGCCGUCGCCAUCACCGUCGUCCACACCUGCUUCUAAGCCCGCCGCCGAGCCUGCCUCCUCUGUCGUGGCCCAACCUGAGCCCACGCCCACCGACGCAGAGAAGAAGUCGCCGACCUAUGACACCAACACCGACGACUGCGAACAUUGGGGUUCCAAAUGCCCGUGGGGCAAGACGGUCACCGUUACCGACGUUGUGACGAAGACUAUCACUGAGGAGAAGCUUGUUCUAUCCACUACUACGCUCAUUUCCAAGGAGACUAUAUUCACAACGGAAGGCUACACUGUUACCGACUUUGAAACCCGAACCAUAGUCAAGUCCUACCCGGUAACAACUACGGUAGCUCUUUGCAAACCCGUCGUCGAACCAGAGCCAACAUACGCGGUGCCAACAUCUUACGGGGGCUACGGCAAGGAGAAGCGCAUCCAUCCCGAAGUCUGCGAGACUCGUACAACAACAAUCUGGAGGACCCUCACCGAGAGCAUAAGGGUGCCUCUAACAGUGACCCAAGGCUACACAAGAACCCAAAAAGAGGUCGAGACCCAAACUCAAAAGUACACCGAGACCAAGGAGUACACCCAAACACAGAAGUUCACGGAAACUCGGGAGGUCACUGCCACCAAGAUUCACACCUCGAUCUCGACCUUCGUGACAACUCACCUUCUGACCACGGUCAUGCCAACUACUGUUGUUUCGAGCUCCACCAUAUAUAUCACCAAAACCUUCACGACAGUCGAAACUCGGACCAAAGAGUAUUAUUUCACGGACACCAUUACCCAAAAGUUCACCGAGACCCAGAAGUUCACUGAUUUUGCAACUAUCACCAAGCCAGUGACCCAGAUAGCGACGGUCACCUCCGUUUUUGUGUCCCCAACCACAAUCGUCUCGACUUUCGCUUUCACCACGAGCAUCCCGUACACCAUCACCGUCGACCAUACCGCCAUGACAACAGCCUGGUCCGUCUCCACGUUCUUCAGCCACAUCACCUACACGACGUCGACGACUUUGACUGCUUCGUACACGGAAAUUCAGACGCAGACGGCCACAGCUGUAAGGACGGCGACGUUGACUGAGAAAUACACGACGCCCACGACCAUCUUCGUAUCAACGACCUUCUACGACACUACCACUUUGUCAACAAGCUAUCCAGUCACUUUAACGGAUGAGAGGACGGUCCGGGAGACCUCUUACAUCACGAGUAUCAGAACAAUCGUCUCUGAAGUCCCGGUCGUCUCCUUCGUGACCCUUACGAGGAUCACAACGGCUCUCUCGACUGUCGUGGUUUCUACAACGAUUCCUGGGGAGCUCACGACUAUUCUGGUCCCGACCACGAUCGAAGGUGAGGCCAGCACCAUCCUAGUGCCCACGACGAUUCCUGGAGAGAUCAGAACCAUUCAUGGUCCAACUAUCAUUUCUGGUCAGCUGACGACGAUCCUGGUUCCUACGACCGCAACUGCAACGAUCCAACUGCCCCCUGAAACAAUCACUCUGCCAGGAUCUACUAUCGUCUCAACAAUUGCAGGGCAGGUCACAACCAUUCAGCUACCUGGGACUACUUUGACCCUGGUAACAACAAACGUCGUCGUCUUGCCCCCUUCAACAACCACCUUGCCUGGCUCGACUGCGGUGACGACCUUCACAGAAACUGCCCCUGACAGCACUUUGACCAUCACGGAAGACGGAGUUACCAUCACGAGCAUCAUCCCGGGCCCGACGUCUGUCGUCACUUCAACCUUGACCCUUCCGCCUGUCACUCUGACCCUCCCUCCUUCAACCGUCACUCAGACCGGAAUCCAUGACAGGACGGCUUGUCCUGCUCCUACCAACACCCCUGGCGUUAACCCCGUCGUGGAUUUUAACCCAAAGUCGAACCGCACUUGGGGCUGCCAGCCUGGAUACGUCUGUAACCCCCCCAAGCCUGCCGGCUGCGGCUUAUGGGCCGACUCGCCAGCAGAUGAAUACGUUUGCAACCCUAAAGACUGUGUUCCUGCGCCGCCUUUCACCCUGGCCAACUGGAAAGAAAACGAGACGCACUACUAUCCCCCCAACGAUGGGUACUUCAACCUCGACCCCAAUGCCUUUGGUCUUCCCUACGACAUCUUUGACUACGAAGUCAUUGUCACCAAGGUUAAGGGGAAGAAGGGCUACAAGAAAACAACCAUCACGACUGGCAACUGGGCCUCAGCCACUGAUCUUACGCACUUCCCUCCCACGGCUCAGCCCACUAUAACGGUUGUGCCAGCGCCUGUUUCCUCUCCCGAGGUUGGCAAGCCCUCCUACAAGCAGUACAAAGAGGGCAGAGUAUACGAGCGUCGUUCACUGUUAAAGAAGCGUGACGAAACUAUCGUCCCGGCCAUCUGUUACGACAUCUGCAACAACUGCUAUAUUGAAGUGCAAUCCACCGGCAAGGUCGCAAGCAUCUGCAACCCCACAUCUGCCUUCCAGAACGACGUGAAUACAUGCAAACAGUGCGUCAGAGACAACGUUGAGGACGAGAAGGAGACUCUACGAGUCUACCUUGAGCCCAAGUUUCAGCAGUUCCUCUCGUUCUGCGAUGGUGAGGCUCCUCAGAGCUCGGCCUCUGCAACUGCAAUACCGCCCCAGAGUCAGCAAAGCUCUGCUACAUUGACCACGGCCAGUCAAGACGCCGGAUCUUCAGAGACUUCGGCGGUGCCCAUCCCGGACACUACCACUACAUCGCCUGUUGAGGCAUCAACCUCACAGACUCCGACGCCGACGCCGACCAUGUCCCCGAGCACGAGCAGCGCCGCAUCUUCAACGUCCUCGGUUGCCAGCUCGGCGGAGACCUCUGAGACAUCGGCCACGGCAUCCGAGGCGACCUCCACGGCUACCGUCACCUCUGGCACAACAACCAUAAUUGCGACCUCCUCAUCAGGUGCAUCCGAGUCUGAGGUAACUGUAUCGACAGCAACCGGCUCUAGUAAUUCGGCUGGAAGUGUCUCUGCGCCCACCGGAAGUGCUUCUGCAAGCGCCUCUACUGGCGUCCCUACUGGCGUCUCUACUACCGCCUCUACCAGCGUCUCUGCCAGCGAACCGUCGACCUCAACAUCGCCCCCUUCAACGGCAUUGUCAAGCACCGCAACUAUCGGUGCUGGCUCAAGCCCCUCCGCUUCCAGCAUCUCAGACUCCGUCUCUAGCACGCCAACAACCACAGCCGGCUCGGCUUCCACCGUGUCUGGCGGAGUGGGCGGUUCAGCCUCCGGAACAGCAUCCGGGACCCAGGCUCCCUCCUCCACCGUCUCCUCUCCGAGCACUGGCACCACUGGUCCCGUCGUUGUCCCGACGGGUGCUGCCGCGAAACCUGCCAGCUCUACCCUCUUUGCCAUCCUUGCGCCAAUUUUGGCUCUUUUGUUCAUAUGA